GAGGAAUCCGAUGCUCAAGGUUGUUCGGGGACGGAGGACAGAGAGAAACGGAGAGGUCGAAGCCGAAGCCGUUUCAGGAGCAGGAGCAAUAUGCCAGAGGUCGGGAGGAAAACAGGUUCCUCCUUCACCAAGAAACCACGCAGUGCAGUGCUGAACACAGGCAGCAAUGCCACGUUCACAGCCGAGACAGAGAAGGGGGUGGUGAAGGUGAGGUGGCAGUGGGAUGGUGUUGACAUGGUUCCCAGCGAGCGAUGGAGCAUCACCUCAGACGGGACCAGGCACACUCUGACCAUUCACUCUGUCUCUACCCUUGACAACGGUGUCUAUGCAGUCAUCGCAGGAAGUUCAAAGGUCAAAUUUGAGCUCAAGGUCAAAGAGCCAGGGAAAGCUGAAGAUGGCCCAGCAACUCCAAAUGAAGCAGAACCAGGAGUAACACCAAAACCAGAGACUGAGAAUGUUCCAGGGGCAUCCAAUCAAGAGACGGCACCAGGAGCCCUCAGUGGAGAGAAGAUUCCAGAAGCCCAGAGCACAGAGAAGUCUUUGGAAAUGUCUGGCAGAGAGAAGGCUCGCAGCCACAGUGGAGCUGGGUUAAAGAUUGGGAGUGAAGGAGCAGCUUCCCAGGAUGCCACUUCUCUGUUCCUGGAGAAACCACAGUCAGGAACAGUGAUGGUUGGGUCUGAUAUCACCUUCACCAGCCGCAUCCAAGGCACCAACAUUCUAAGGAAACCCAGUGUCCGUUGGUUCAAAGGCAAAUGGAUGGAUCUGGCCGGCAAAACAGGAGCACACCUCCAACUGAGGGAGACUUAUGAUCGCAACACCAAGGUCUACACCUUUGAGAUGCACAUCAUACAGGCAAAGACCAAUGAUGCAGGAGGUUAUCGAUGUGAAGUCAAUGACAAGGACAAGUUUGAUUGCUGCAACUUUGAGCUGGGUGUUCAUGAGGUCCCAGUGCAAGAGGAAGUGGAUAUUUUUUCUCAGUUCAGACGCACGAGCCUGGCAGCAGUGGCAGCUCGGAAAAGGAUGGGGAUCAGUGGCAGUAGUACAGAUGCAGGUGACGAAGCUGGCGAACUGGACUUCAGCGCCCUACUGAAGAAGCGAGGGGAUGUGAAGGUGGAGGAAGGGCCUAAGAUCGAUGUUUGGGAAAUCCUACAGAAUGCCCCACCGUCCCAGUAUGAGAAGAUAGCGUUCCAAUAUGGGAUUACCGACCUGAGGGGGAUGCUCAAACGUCUCAAGCGCAUGAAGAAGGAGGAGAAGAAAGGAACAGCCUUCCUGAAGAAGCUUGAAUCAGCCUAUCAGGUGGACAAGGGGCAGAGGAUGAAGCUGGUGGUGGAAGUGACCAAUCCAGUCGCAGAGGUGAAGUGGAUGAAGAAUGGGCAGGAGAUUCAGGUCAGCGGCAGCAAGUUCAUCUUUGAAAAUAUUGGGAAUAAACACAUUCUGACCAUUAACCACUGCUCAUUGGCUGAUGAUGCAGCCUAUCAGUGUGUACUCGGAGAGGAGAAGAGUAUCACCGAGGUCUUUGUGCGAGAGCCCCCAGUGCUGAUAAUUCAGCCCCUCGAGGAUCAGGCGGUGAUGGUGGGUGAGAGAGUGGAGUUUGAGCUCGAGGUGUCUGAGGAAGGGGCUCUCGUCAAAUGGGAGAGGAACGGUGAAGAACUGAAACGUGAGGAGACCUUCAAAUACCGUUUCAAAAAGGAUGGCAAGAAACACACACUUUUCAUCAAUGAGGCCACCAAGGAGGAUGCCGGUCACUACACUGCUAAAACUAAUGGAGGGCAGUCUGUGGCAGAGCUCCUGGUACAAGAAAAGCAGCUGGAGGUAUAUCAGAGUAUUGCCGAUCUGACUGUGAAAGCCCAGGAGCAGGCCGCCUUCAAGUGUGAGGUGUCCGAUGAGAAAGUCAAAGGGAAAUGGUUCAAGAACGGUGUGGAGGUCGUGCCCAGUGACAGAGUGCAAAUCACACACAUUGGCAGAAUCCACAAACUUGUGAUCGACAAUGUGAGACCACAAGAUGAGGGCGAUUACACUUUCGUACCUGAUGGGUUUGCCUUCAACCUCUCGGCCAAGUUGAACUUCCUGGAGGUUAAGAUUGACUAUGUGCCCCGUCAAGAUCCUCCCAAAAUCCACCUGGACUGUUUGGGAAGCAUCCCUGAUGCCACCAUCAUUGUCGUGGCUGGGAACAAACUCCGGCUGGAUGUGCCCAUCAGCGGAGACCCAGUGCCCACUGUCAUCUGGAGCAAGGCUGACAAGGUGAUUACAGAGAUGGAUGGGCGUGUACACGUGGAGAAACACCCUGACCACUGUGUCUUCAUCAUAGAGGGAGCAGAGAGAUCUGACCAGGGUGUCUACACCGUGCUGGUAAAGAACCCAGCUGGGGAGGAUAGAGCUGAUAUCACUGUUCGAGUGGUUGACAUCCCUGACCCACCGGAAUCCCCACGCAUCCUAACAGUCGGAGAGGAUUCCUGUACAAUCCAGUGGGACCCACCAGCAUUUGAUGGAGGCCAACCCGUGCUAGGAUAUGUUCUGGAAAGGAAGAAGAAGAAGAGUUAUCGGUGGAUGAGGUUGAACUUUGACCUCUGGAAGGAGACGACAUAUGAGGCCAAGCGAAUGAUUGAGGGUGUUGUCUAUGAGAUGAGAGUCUAUGCUGUCAACUCCAUUGGCAUGUCCCGGCACAGCUCUGCUUCCAAACCAUUUGUACCAAUAGCUCCCACGAGUGAACCCACCAACCUGACUGUGGAGGAUGUGAGUGACACAACAAUUUCCUUGAAGUGGAGAACCCCAGAGAAGGUGGGCGCAGCCGGACUGGACGGGUACCUGGUGGAGUAUUGUAAGGAAGGAUCGGAUGAGUGGCUACCUGCUCAGGAAGGAUUGAUCGAUUGUAACUCGCUCCUAAUCUGCGAUCUGCCCACGGGGGAGAAGCUACGUUUCCGAGUGAGAGCCUUUAAUAUGGCGGGAAUGAGCGGAGCAGCCUCACUGCCACAGCCUGUCACCAUCCGGGAGCUUGUGCAGCGACCCAGGAUUUGUCUCCCUCGUAGCCUCCGACAAAAGGUGGUGAAAGUGGUGGGAGAGACUGUGAACAUCAUGAUCCCCUUCCAGGGCAAGCCCAGGCCAAUAAUCACCUGGCUGAAGGACGAACAGCCCCUGGAUUCGAAGAACAUCACAAUCAGGAACAGCGACACAGACACCAUCUUCUUUAUCCGUAAGGCAGAGCGCCAGCAUUCAGGUUCUUACCAACUUCAGAUUCAGAUCGAAAAUACCAAGGACACAGCUAGCAUCUACAUCCAGGUUAUAGAUAAGCCUGGCCCCCCAGUCCAGGUGAAGGUUGACGAGGUGUGGGGAUUGAACGUGGCUCUAUCCUGGCAGCCCCCCAAGGAUGAUGGUAACUGUGAAAUCACUGGGUACACCAUCCAGAAAGCCGACAAGAAGACCAUGGAGUGGUUCACAGUAUAUGAACACUGUCGCCGUGCUCAGUGCUCUGUGUCAGAACUGGUCGUGGGGAAUGAAUAUUUCUUCAGAGUCUUCACCGAGAACAUAUGUGGCCUGAGUGAGGAGGCCAGCCAGUCCAAGGACAGUGUCUACAUCCAGAAACCAGGGAUACAGUACAAGCCACCCAGCUACAAGCAGCAUGACUUCACCGAGCCACCCAGGUUUACACGCCCGCUAAUGAAUCGUUCAGUGAUUUGUGGGUACAAUGCCACACUGAGCUGUGCCCUGCGAGGGAGCCCCAAGCCCAAGGUGAUGUGGUAUAAGAACCAGGCUGACCUGUCUGGUGAUCCCCGCUACAGAAUGUUCAGUAACCAGGGAGUGUUGAGCCUGGAGAUUCGGAAACCAAGCCCCGUUGAUGCUGGGAUCUACAGCUGCCAGGCCACUAACCCCCUGGGAGAGGCCAAGAGCGAGUGUAGACUGGAGGUCAGAGUGCUGUAGUGGUCUAUCCCAGCUUUCCAUGCAGGUUGCAGAGGCCUGGGCUGGCUGAGGCCACAGGGAGGACUGUGAUCAGCAUUGAAGGAGGAGGAAGAUGCUGAAUCUCAGCCAAGGGUUCAGGCUCAGGGUUCUCGAGCUUCAUUGCCACUCUGCCCUGAAAUCCUCGUGUGUUUAUUUUAAUAUAACCUACCUUAAACAUCUGAUAUCGCUGGGAUCACUGCAUAUCACCCUGUUGUUGCUGUGGCUGACCUUUAUUGCAUGGUUUUAUUCUUGUGUGUGUGCCUUUCUUUCACAGUUACCUCAGUACCUUUAGUGUGACACUACACAGACUGGCUGUAGAGGGGCUGUGAGAUCCCUCCUCUUCCCAGGACCAGUGUGUCCACUUUUACUCUGUGUGAAAUGCAUUGGAAAAACCCUGCACUACAUACCCUGAAAUAAAGAGGCUUCCAACCUA